AUCAACGGGAACCCAGAAUUCCUCCGCAGCGCUCCCCGAACCACCCCACUCCGUCCGAUCGAGAUCCGACGGAGGGGGGCCGCACCGCGGAGCGAAUCUCGGGGCCCGUGGCGUCCGCCGUCGGCCGGCAUCCUGCCCUGUCCUGUGCUCUGUCCCGUUCGGUCCGGAUCGCACUCGCGCCUGCUGACUGACCUGCCUGCUUGCCCGCUCCGUCCGUCGCCUCCUGCUCCGGAUCUUCAGCUCCCGGCUUCUUCUUCCUCCUCCUCCUUUCGUUAUCCCCAGACCUGCUCCCGCCUUCUCAUUCCAAGUUCACCCCUGCUGGCCUCUGCUUUCUCCUCCGCUCUGCUGGUGCAGGACGUGCAGAUCCAUCCGGACUUUGGACUGGUUUCUUCUCGCGUUGGUUUCAGGGUUUCUUAUAGAUGACUCGAGCUUCGACUGUUGAUUUUGGACGAAAGAAGCAGAGUGAGGUCCUCUGGUCAGGUCCACUGUGUCCAGCAAACAUUAUCAGAAAUAAAUUCCCUACCUACAAGAAUGGUUCGAACGGGAUUGUUAUCAAAUUGGCGGAUGGUCCAGAAAUGCCAUCUCUCAAGGAGGUUGUUGCCAAGGAGACAGAAGAUCUGCUUGAUAGGCGUCAGCGCCUUUCAGUCCGUGAGCUCGCCAUGAAAUUCGAAAAGGGUUUUAAUACAGCCACCUUGUUGUCUAAUGAGGUUAAAUGGAGACAUACCGCUUUAUUGGAGCGAGACAUCCUUCUGAAGAAUCUAAAAAGUGUAUUGGAGUCGCUGAGAGGUCGAGUAGCAGGCAAAAAUAAGGAUGAAAUUGAGGAGUCUCUGUCUAUGGUGGAUAUUUUAGCAGUCCAGCUGUCCAAAAGGGAAGAUGAGUUGCUUCAGCAAAAAGUAGAGGUCACAAAAAUAGCGGCCUCACUGAAACUGGCUUCUGAAGAUGCCAAGAAACUUGUUGAGGAAGAAAGAGCUAAUGCUCGGUUGGAGAUAGAAAGUGCUAGAGCUGCUGCACAAAGAGUUCAAUUAGCACUUAAAGAGCAGGAAAAUAUUUCUCUAAGAACUGAGAAGCAGGAUGUGGAUGAACUUAAGGAUAAAGUUCAAGAAGCACGAAGAGUGAGAAUGCUGCAUUGCCCAAGCAAGGCAAUGGAUAUUGAAAACGAGAUCCAGGUACUACGUGAUCAACUUGCCGAGAAUUCCUCAACUUCUGUCCACCUUUUGAAAGAGUUGGAGCUGCAUCGGAGAUUUGGGGAAAAUGAUAUGCCCUCAUAUGAGUUGGAGGGUCUUGAAAGCUUAGGCUCAAUGUUGCGCAUAGUUGUUCGAAACAAUGCAUCUGUGUGUUUUUCAAAUAGUUCAAUCCAGUGGUUUCGCAUACAACCUAAAGGAAGCAAGAAAGAAAUCAUUUCAGGUGCCACAAAGCCAGUAUAUGCUCCAGAACCGCAUGAUGUUGGGCGGUAUAUCCAAGCUGAGAUCAAAUUCUGUGGUAAAGUCUCAAUCGCAAAGACUGCUGGACCUGUAGAUCCUGCUGCAGGAUUGGUAGAUUAUGUAGAGGCUCUUGUAAGGAAUCCUGAAACUGAGUGCAAUGUCGUUGUUCUUCAAGUGAAUGGAAUCGCUCAGCCUUCAGAUUCUCUCCAUGUUCUUUGCAUCGGGAGACUUCGGAUGAGACUUGCUAAAGGAAAGACAGUCGUUGCAAAGGAGUUCUACUCCUCAUCGAUGCAGUUGUGCGGUGUUAGAGGCAGUGGAGAUGCUGCCCCGUACGCGAUCUUUUGGCAACCCAGGAAGGACCUCAGCUUUGUGCUGGCCUUUGAAACUACUAGAGAACGCAACUCAGCGCUCAUGCUCGCCCGGAGAUUUGCUAUCGACUGCAACAUUAUCCUUGCUGGUCCAGGGGACAAAUCUCCGUGGUAACGAACCGCGCCUGCAGCCAACCCUGACACUUACCGGGAUGUGCAUCUCUGUGCACAGCAGUAGUUAGAUGCCUUUUCUGAUCUGAGUAGUGUAAUCAGUGCCCAGCAUUUGCAUCGAUUCAUUCUAGUUUAUAGUUAGAUGCCUUAUCUGAUCUGAGCAUUGUAAUGAUUUGGUCCUGUUCCUGAACUGCUAGUUUGCUGCCACCAAGAUGAAUCUGAAUAUCUGACGCGCCUGUGUUAGUCUGUUUCUGUGUU